AUCAAACCCUAAUAAUUCUCUUAAGCACUCGCUUUACGGUACGAUUUUCGGUUAAUUAGGUUUGAUUGAUUUGAUUUGGGGUUUGUGGAUCUGCAUUUUUGGUUGCAGAGAAGAUUUAGGAACAAAAAAUUUCGGAAUUAAUCGUAGGAAUAUAUGUCCUUCAAUCAAUCAACGUCGGAUAAGAACGAGACUCGGUACCGGAAAACAGGGCGAUCUGCAAGCUCUAAUCAGCAGCACCGGGGAUACUCACCCGCUUACCCUAAGGGCACCGGCGCCACUGUAAGUGUAACCAGUGUAAGUCCUCAGGUUUCCGGUAUGGUUCCUGCACAACGUGGCGACGUACAAAAUGGAGCUCAUAAUUCACAGCCCCAACUGCAUGGAGGUUCUGAUGUGCCCAUUGCAAGCACAGCUCCCCAGACAGCUGAGGCAUCAGCCCCUCAGAGAAGCUCCCAAAUUGUUCCAAAGCCUCCGACUUCUCAAUCUGUCUCCGUGACUUCUGACACAAGAAAACCCACUAUACCAGCAAAGCGCCCAGGAGAUACGUCCAAGGGCGUUGCCAUUCAGGUUGGGUCUAUAAGCCCUGGUUUCAUGAAUGGGAUGCUGCCCCAUCCAAUGCAGCCCCAUGGAAUUAUUCAUCAGGGCCAGAACCUGACUUUUACCCCCCAAAUGGUUCCUCGGAUACCUCAGAUGGGCAACUUGGGGAUCAGCAGGGCGUCACAAUGCCCCCAGCAACAGAGUAGGAAGUUUGGCGGCUCUCGUAAAACUCCUGUCGACAUUAUACAUCCAGAUACACCUGGACUGAGUGGAACUAAGAGUACUAUUUCAAAGGGGAAGAAGAAAAGAAAAGAAAUUCUUUUGGAGAAGAAAAGAAAAGAAAUUGUUUCUAAGACAGGUGCUGCUGACGUGACCUCUGAUCUUUAUGGGGCAUACAAGAACCCUGAAGAAAAGAAGGGUAUUGAAAACACUGAAAGUAUUAUGACCAGUAUAAUUUCAAAGCAGGUAGCUACUGAUGCUCCUCAGCAAGAUGCUGUAGGGAGAGAGAAAGAUGCACCGGUUAAAGCUGAGCCAGAGGAUUGGGAAGACGCUGCUGACAUCUCUCCCCCAAAACUGGAAACCUCAGAUACUGGAGAGCAGGUCUGUGGAGUGGAUGAUUCUGACAAAGAUGGACAUGAACAUGGGGCGAAGAAAUAUUCCAGAGAUUUCCUGUUGAAGUUUUCUGAGCAAUUUACUGAGCUUCCAGAAGGUUUUGAAAUUAAGUCUGAUAUAGCAGAGAUCUUGGAUGCUAAUGUGAAUGCUGCUCCUUCCAUUGAUUAUGAUUCGCUCCCUAGUCCGGGAAGAAUUGUUGAUAGGCAAGGAGGGGCCGCAAGACUUGACCGUCGUGGGAGUGGAAUAAUGGAUUAUGAUAGAUGGAAUAAGGGAGGUGCUGCCAAUUUCCGAACUGGCCAAGGACCAAAUUUUGGUGUUUUGAGGAAUCCACGUGCACCGACACCAGUUCAGCAGCAUGUUAGAGGGAUCCUGCCUGGGCCUGCUCACUCUGUUGAUCAUCAGGGAGGGAUGCAAAGAAAUAAUUCUGAUGCUGACAGGUGGCAGAGAGAUACGAAUUUUCAACCUAAGGGCUUGAUGCCUUCUCCUCAUGCUCCAUUACAGGUGAUGCACAAAGCUGACAGGAAAUAUGAAGUGGGUAAAGUGAGUGAGGAAGAGCAGGCCAAGCAAAGGCAGUUAAAGGCUAUACUGAACGAGUUAACUCCUCAAAAUUUUGAAAAACUAUUCGAGCAAGUGAAAGCUGUCAAUAUAGAGAAUGUGACGACUCUAACUGGUGUCACUUCACAGAUCUUUGACAAGGCUGUUAUGGAGCCUACUUUCUGUGAGAUGUAUGCUAACUUCUGUUUUUAUCUUGCCGGAGAGUUGCCUGGUUUCAGUGAAGACAAUGAAAAGAUAACUUUUAAGAGAUUGCUUUUGUGCAAGUGCCAGAAGGAAUUUGAGAGGGGAGAAAGAGAGCAAAAGGAGGCCUAUAAGGCCAAUGAAGAGGGUCAGGUGAAACAGUCUGAAGAAGAAGAAGAGGAGAAAGGAAUCAAAGCGCGAAGACGAACAUUGGGUAACAUUAGAUUAAUUGGGGAACUAUACAAAAAGAAAAUGUUGACGGAGAGAAUUAUGCACAAAUGCAUUAAAAAGUUGCUAGGUCAGCAACAGACUCCAGAUGAGGAAGAUAUUGAAGCUUUGUGCAUACUAAUGAGCACAAUUGGGGAGAUGAUUGAUCAUCCGAAAGCCAAGAAGCACAUGGAUGCAUAUUUUGAAAGGAUGAAAAGCUUAUCGAAUAACAUGAAAUUAUCUUCUAGGGUUAGGUUCAUGUUGAAGGAUGCAAUUGAUUUGAGAAAGAAUAAAUGGCAGCAGAGGAGCAAAGUUGAAGGACCAAAAAAUAUUGAGGAAGUGCACAGAGAUGCUGCACAAAAUGUUCCUUCAGAAAAUGUGUUGACUGAAGACCGUCUUAGAGAUAUGUCUUUGGCAGCAAUUAGAGAAUUUUACAGUGCUCGAGACGAGAAAGAGGCUGCUUUAUGCAUUAAAGAGUUGAACUCACCAAGCUUCCAUCCGUCGAUGAUAUCUCUUUGGGUCACAGACUCUUUUGAGAGGAAGGACGCUGAAAGAGAUCUCUUGGCAAAGCUUCUAGUCAACCUUACAAAGACCCAUGAUGGAACUUUGAGUCAAUCUCAGCUCAUCAAAGGGUUUGAAACUGUUCUGUCGACCUUAGAGGAUACGGUGAUUGAUGCCCCGAGAGCACCAGAGUUUCUUGGCCUUAUCUUUGCCAAGGUCAUUUUAGAGAAUGUCGUUUCCUUGAAUCAGAUCAGUCAAUUAAUACACGAAGAUGGAGAGGAGCUUGCAGGCAACAUUCUUGGGAACGUCUUGGAAAUUAUCAAGUCGGAGAAGGGAGAUAACGGUUUCAACGAGGUCCGUACGUCCUCCAACUUGCUGUUGGAGACUUUUUGACCCCCAGAUACUCUCAACUCACGGAUUCUAGAGAAAUUUAUUUAGAGAUUGGUGAUGCUCAUUGUAAUCGUGCUAGAAGGAAUUCGUGACUGGUAGCGUUCAGAAACUCAUAAUAAUUUGCCUGCAAUGAAGAACUUUUGUACCGAAACUAUGAUUGCACUAUGCAUAAUAUCGUGUAUGUAUUCUAUUAUAUCCCAAAAAAAUGUAACUAUACUGCAAAUUCAUAUGUAUUUGUAAAUUAUUAAGA